CACUCAACGCAGACCGAUACGUUACGUUAGUUAGAGUAGGUAUACGGAUUACAAAUCAGUAUAAAGUGUAUCACCGUUUAAAAUUAUUUAUUGUAUUUCAUAUUUACGGUGUAGUAAACACCGCUAUUGUAAUAAUGUGCAGAUUUAAAUGCAAAUUAUUUGUUACAAUAUUCUUACUACAGAUAAUAGGAAUAUUAUCGUCCAGGAAUUGCCAACAUGAAGAUCCUAUAGUAAGAACAAAAGAAGGUAAAGUGCGGGGAGUCAUCGAUAAACUAGUGGAUGGAUCUACCUACUACAGGUUUAGGGGAAUACCCUAUGCCGUUCCCCCUGUUGGAGAUCUUAGAUUUAAGGCACCUCUGCCUCCACAAUCAUGGCGAGGCGUACGCGAUGCAUCUAACUUUGGAAAUAUUUGCUCCCAAUUCAACCAAACAUACCAAGGCGAUGAAGAUUGCUUAUUCCUGAACGUUUAUACGAAGACACUGCGUAGAAACGCUAAAACCCCCGUCAUGGUUUGGAUCCACGGUGGAUCGUUUUCCCAGGGUUCUGGAAACUUCUUCCUGCCAGAUUUUCUCUUACAACACAACGUUAUUUUAGUCACCCUUAAUUAUAGGUUAGAAGUUUUGGGUUACUUGACUCUUGAUACUCCAGAAGUGCCUGGCAAUGCUGGUAUGAAAGACCAAGUCGCUGCGUUAAGAUGGGUGCAGAAUAACAUAGAGAAGUUUGGUGGUGACCCGAAUUCAGUUACACUUUUUGGUGAAAGCUCUGGAGCCGCGGCUGCCGUGUAUCAUAUGUUUUCACCCAUGUCUAACGGUCUAUUCCACAAAGUCAUAGCUCAAAGCGGGAGUUACGAUUUAGCUCGUCGUGAAGGUGAAAAAGAAAGAGCUUUCAGAGCUGGUAAAGUUCUAGGAAAAGAUACCGACGACCCGCAAGAAUUGCUGGACUUCUUCAGAAGUUUAGAAGCUAGUAAGCUCACCAAUUUAACGUUCGCAACUUUAACUGAUGACGAAAGAUUUAGGGGACUCCCGGCAAAAUUUGUGGCGAAUAUCGAAAAGAAAUUUGCCAAUGUACAACCAUUUAUGGAUGAAGAUCCUACAAAAAUGCUCGUCGAAGGCAGUAUUAAUAAAGUGCCUCUUAUGAUCGGUUACAAUUCAGGUGAAGGUUUAAUUAUGACUCAAUUUCACGCUGCUUUAUUAGACACGUACAAUAAUCAACCUUCAUAUUAUGUUUCCAAAGAGAUUGUGGACAAAAUUUCCGAGGAGCAGCUUACAGAUUUUGGUAAUAGGAUAAAAAGAUUCUAUGUAGGCGAUAGAGAUAUUACUAAAGAUGAUUUGGCUACAAUUCGUGACAUGCAAACGGACAUACAUUUUUCGUAUACGACACAUAGAUUUGCGGACUUGUACAGCAAAUUGAGUUCACAAACCUACAUGUAUAGAUUUGAUGCGGUGACUGAACUUAAUGCAAUUAAGAAUACUCUAAAUAUGCCCAAUGUGGGAGGUGUCAGCCAUGCGGAUGAAUUGUUCUAUUUGUUCUACAACUAUCUGAAUGAGAAGCCUUAUAAAGAGCAGAAGAGAUUAAGAGACCUUGUAUUCAAAGUGACAAAGUUGUGGACAGAUUUUGCGAAAACCAGCAAUCCAACUUCAGGUGGCGUCGAGCCUGUAUGGAAACCUUACACCGUCAGUGGAAAAGAAUUUUACAUUAUAGACGAACAAUUCUCUCACGGAAAAUAUGCUGAUAAAGAAAGGAUGGAGUUUUGGAACAAACUGUAUGAAGAAGCUGGACUGCCUCACAUAUCUAAAUCUUAAUAGUUGAAGUAUUGCAGAUAACUUUAAUAAUUGUUUAAUAAAGUCAAUCUAAGUCUCGUU